AUGACAGAAGGAAGGAACCAUACAACAAUUACGAAGUUCAUUCUCUUGGGAUUCUCUGAGUUUCCAAAGCUCACCAUUGCCCUCUUUUCAGUAUUCCUAGGGAUCUACCUGAUGACCAUGUCCUGGAAUGUGAGCCUCAUCACACUCAUCAGGAUGGACGCCCACCUACAUACACCCAUGUAUUUCUUCCUCAGCAACCUGUCCUUUCUGGAUAUCUGCUACGUUUCCACGAUAGCCCCCAAGAUGCUCUCUGGCUUCUUCCAGAAGCAUAGCUCCAUCUCCUUUCUGGGGUGCACCAUGCAGUACUUCUUCUUCUCCAGCCUGGGUCUGACUGAGUGCUGUCUUCUGGCAGCCAUGGCUUACGAUCGAUAUGCCGCCAUCUGCAAUCCCCUGCUGUACACAGCCAUCAUGUCCCCCACCCUCUGUGUGCAGAUGGUGGCAGGAUCUUGCAUUGCUGGGUUCUUUGGCUCUUUUAUCCAACUGUGUGCUUUGCUUCAGCUCCAUUUCUGUGGGCCAAAUGUCAUCAACCACUUCUUUUGUGACCUGCCUCAAUUAUUGGUCCUCUCUUGCUCUGACACCUUUUUCUUUCAAGUCAUGACCUCUGUGCUCACAGUGAUCUUUGGGCUCACAUCCGUCUUGGUCAUCGUGGUAUCCUACGGUUACAUUGUUGCCGCUCUACUGAAGAUCAUUUCAGCUGAAGGCAGGUCCAAGGCCUUCAACACCUGUGCUUCUCACCUGACGGUCGUGAUCCUUUUCUUUGGCUCAGGUAUCUUUGUUUACAUGUAUCCCAACUCGGGAGAUUCCCUGAGUCAGAACAAACUGGCGUCAGUCCUAUACACUGUCAUCAUCCCCAUGUUAAAUCCAUUGAUCUACAGUCUGAGGAACAAGGAAAUCAAAGAGGCCCUAAGCAGAUGGAAGAAGGGUUUCAUCUGGUGCUACUAA